UCAGAUGACUCCAGCCACGGGGUUUUAAUUCAUACUAUUUUAACCAAAUUUGUUCAGGAAGCAGUCGUUUCAGCAAAGCGCAUUUGCAGAGGAAACCCGCUUUUAUUUGCUCAUUUCUCCCUCUUAAGACAAGUUUUUUUCUUCUUUUUUUUAACCUACUACAGAGACAAACCAAUGCGCGUCUCUGCCCUGUGGUCCUCAGCUCAGCACGGUCAUGACAGCUUGUCGCGCUUCUUCUGAACACGUUUUCCUCUGAUUAAUAACGUAACACGGACAUUUCUUCAAGUUUGCGUUGUCCACAGAUGCCGCGACAGCAGUGUGGAAAAAGUGGAAGGCCAGGGAGGAUGAAUGCCCACUUUUUUUUCCUGACACAAGUUUAAAAACUGCUUGCCAGGUCUUUUGGGGAGAUCGGCACCAGCGUGAAGAGCAAGAAUGACCCUGCGAUGUUUAUCACUGCGACUAAGAAGAAAGCAGUUCCUUCCUUCCAUCCUGUCAUUGCUGACUAUAUGUGUCUUGCUAUUGUUCUGUGUCAAGCACAGCUACAUCACUGAACCUUCACAUAUCGCUAUGGACAUGCAGAUAAUUCCCAAGUACAAUAUUGAUUGCUCUGCUAUUUAUGACAUGGACCCAGUGGAGGUGGGGAAAUCUCUGCUAAUCAAAAAGAAAGACGUUGUGGAGAGUAAAGAUGAAAGUCUAGCUUAUCUUACCUCUAACUGUACUUUAUUCAGAAAGUACAGGGGUUAUGAUAAUGUGUGUGUCACAGAAGAGGAGCAAGACUUUCCUAUUGCUUAUUCUUUGGUUGUGCAUAAAUCUGCCUGGAUGGUAGAGAGACUCAUCAAUGCACUGUACUCACCCAGUAAUAUCUACUGUAUCCACUAUGAUCAAAAGUCCUCUGUUCAGUUCAUAUCAGCCAUGGAGGGUUUGGCCCAGUGUCUGCCCAAUGUAUUCAUUACCAGCAAGAAAGAAUCAGUAUAUUACGCAAGCAUUAGCCGAUUAAAGGCUGAUCUCAACUGUCUGUCUGAUCUUUUGGGUUCAGAAGUCAAGUGGAAGUAUGUCAUCAACCUCUGUGGCCAAGACUUCCCUCUCAAGUCCAACGUGGAGCUAGUGUCAGAACUAAAGAAACUGAAUGGCAGAAACAUGUUAGAGACGAGCCGACCCACGCCAGCUAAGAAACAACGGUUCACCUUUCACCAUGAGCUGAAAGAUGCCAGCUUUGAAUAUCAAAAACUGCCAGUGAAAACAGAGUAUGUAAAGAACCCACCACCACACAAUAUUGAGGUGUUCUCUGGAAACGCCUACUUUGUACUUUCCCGGAAGUUCAUUGAGCAUAUGAAUGCCUCAGGUGUAGUGAAAGAUUUUUUGUCCUGGUCAGAGGACACCUACUCCCCAGAUGAACACUUUUGGGCAACACUUGUGCGACUGCCAGGUGUCCCUGGAGAGGUGCCUAGAUCCAAGCCUGAUAUCACAGACCUGAUGAGCAAAACCAGGCUGGUGAAGUGGCAGUACCUGGAGGAGCAGCUGUACCCACCGUGCACAGGGACACACGUUCGCAGCGUUUGUAUAUAUGGUGCUGCGGAAAUGCGUUGGUUGCUGAACUAUGGCCACUGGUUUGCCAAUAAGUUUGACCCCAAAGUGGACCCUGUACUCAUUCAGUGCCUUGAGGAGAAGCUGAAGGAAAAGCAGAAGUUAUUUCAAUCAGUGUCACUGACUUGUCAUAAAGGUUAAAUGAUGGCUAAAAUGGAUCGGGAAAAAUAUUAUCUUCUUUCAGUAAUUUUUCAAAUUUGACUGCCAUUUCUUAUAAGUCAUUAUCUUUGAAGUUACAAAUCAACAUAACUGAUUAAUUAUAAUGAGCUAUAAGUAAUAGCGAAGGGGACUAAUCACUGUUUUCUGGUUUUUUAGAAACCGAAAGUUUAAGUGGAAAAGACAAAAUGAAAAUAGCGUUUACAGCUCUAAUAUAUUACAUCGGCACUGUUUGUUUAAGGAAAGGCCUGGCUGAGCUGCAUUUUUUUCUCAGGGCGUUCUGUCUCACUUGAGUCAGUUUUGUAUCUACAGAGACAAUGUUGGUUUUAUGUAUUCAGUUUUUAGAUUUCCAAGUGCAGUUUACAAAAAACACACCCACCAAGAACAUGUCUUAGCAGAAACAGUAAUCUGCUUCUCGUUGUGAAUGGGGAAAACUGGGAUAACAUUUGUUUUUCUAAACUGGCUGAAUGAAACUGUAAUGAGAGGUAAUUAUGACAUAAUGAAUGGUUACAUUUUAAAAGCUAACAUGCUCUACCUGUUUCUGACCGAUUCCAGUUCCUCUGAUACAGUUAAGGUUUCACUACAGAUUCAGUUUUUGGAUCUUUUUGAUAGUGCUAUUGCAAACUAUAAUAACAAAAUAUUAUUUCCUCAACAUACAACAUGCUAUCUGGACAGCACUUUUUUCUAAUUAAUGCAAUGGAACACAUUGGAUUGGUUUUACACAGGAUACUGUGUAAAACAGAGGAGAGGUCAUCUAUUCUAUGUGAUCUAUUCCUCACAAACAAAUCGAGAGCUAAUUUGUGCAACAAUCUAAUUGGUGGAUGGAUACAAGCUGCUUUAGUAAGGGUUGAUACCAACUAUGUAUGUAAUGCAGGUUUGCAUCAAACUAUAACACAAAUUAGAAUAAUAAAAAUAAACAGCCUCUUGGUCUUAGACUGUAUAUAAAAGAUUAACAGAACUUCUAUUAGGUUAUAAAAGUGAAGGUCAUGGAGAAAACAAAUGCAAGUUCCUUUUGAUGACGAAAUAAGCCUGUUGUUCAUCUGAUAUGGCUUUAUCAAGUGACCUGCUUUACAUAUGGUGUGAAAUACUUCCUUGUGAUUUUUUUAGUCUUUGUUGCUUGAACUGAACUGAAUACAACAAGGUGUUCAUUUUACAAAUUAUGGUCUUUAAUAAAGUGAAAAAUGACAACA